CAGUUUGCUUUACUUGUUUUAUUUUAUUUUGGGGGUCAGGGUUUGCUUCUCACUCUCACGGAAGAAGCUUCGCAAAAGGGGAAGAAGAUGCCCAACAUAGAUGACGUGAGAACAGAAGGGAAAAUGGGAAGCACCACAACAAUGGAGAAGGCCGGCGUGGGAGAUGGCGACGAAGCAACUCAUCAUCGAUGUGGUGUAUGCCCUGUUAGAGAUGAUAUCGAUGGAUUAAAGGAGUGUAUGUGACGGGAUCUUGUAAGAAAAGAGUCUGUUCAGAAGAAAAAACCUAGAGGGAGAAUUGCUCUGAUCAAUGGCAACCAAUAAUAGCCAUGGUUUACCCAACUCAUGUGCACCACCAAGUGUUCUGAUGAACUCCUUUGAGAGAAGAGUUAUGGCUGAUUUAGAGGACAUCAAAAGAGCUAACAAUAGUAUACGAGAGGAACAAAUUCUAUUGAAGUCCAUGAUUGAACGCAUAAAUUCCAUUUAUGUCAAGCCUGAGUUGAAGGAGAAUGAAAGACUUCUGAAAAACACCAAGACCAAUCCUAUCACCACCCCUCAUAAGACAUGCAAAAUUACGGAAAAUAUCAAAAAGAGUGACAGCAAGUCAAUAUUUAAUAUGGAUGUGGACUCAAAUAUAUGUCUUGAUGUGUCAGAUGAUGAGGAUGAUGCCAUGGAACUAGAUCGAACAACCAUAACCCGCCAAGAUCCACGCAAAGUUGCUGUCCAACGGAGCAUUCCCUCUAUCAAACGCCAGAAACUGUCACCCCAGCCAAAUGGAAAAGGGAAGGCGAAACCACUAUCAAAGCCAUGGUUCCCUGGACCUGGUGAAAGGAUAACCAGGUUCCAAAAUAGGGUUGAGGCGUUCAGAGGUGUACAACGACCACGCCGUAUGUCAACUUCUGAAAUGGGUGCACAAGAAUCCCGUGGAGAAGCAGUACGAGCAUCAAGCACGCCAGUUGCUGCACGUGUACACGCAGAAUCGAAACCGCUAUCUAUUUUUGGACAGCAAAAUUUGGUAGUGCAGAAGAAACCAAAGGGAAUAACAACUUAUUUUAAAGUGGGUGGCGAGAUUAACUUGACUAAGGGACAAGUAGAGAUGUUUGCAUAUGUUUUUGAUCCGGAUUUAUUACCAAGUGAGCACAUUGUAAAGAUAGGAGGCUCGUCCGCAACACGUCAAGAACUUUUUUGCUUGAGCCCGGAUCAUACAAUUACUGUCAAGAUUAUGGAGCUUUGGGCUAGGAAAUGUACUUGGGAGCAAAGAAUCAUUACUCUGAAGACAACUUGGUGCCUUCCUCCCUCUUUUUCAGUUGAUGUAUUUCAACAUCUCCAAAUAGAAGAGUUAAUUGAUAAAUAUGACGAUUAUAUGGGAAAAUACCCUUCACUUGAAUAUAUUUAUAUACCCAUUCAAGAUAAUGAACACUGGCAUCUAAUGGUCAUGAGUUUAGAACCAAAAAUUGUGUUCCAUUUGGACUCCAACUUGCCCCGUGAGCGCAAGGAACCAAGAACUGAAUCUACUAACACUCUGGCUGUUGUUUUGUCCCAUAUUAUUUCUUCAGCACACUUUGAGGCUUGUCCUUUUGAACAUGGUGACUUUUCUGGUGGCUGGUCUUCCCAAACAAUUGAAGUGGUUCACGAUGUGCAACCUCCUCCAACAUGCCAGUCUGCCUUAUGGGUACUAAGCUGGUUGCAUAUGGAAUAUUCAUUUAAUCCUAAGAUACCACCAAAGGUUGUACCUCAACCAUUUUAUUUCCUAUGUGUUUUUGCUGCAUUCUCUCUAGUGACCUCUUAAUUUUGGAUUUACUUUUUCUCUUUUUUUUUGAUGCUUUUAGAUUUCUGAAAAUCAGGUGCUAAUCACAACUACCAUAGACUUAGUUUUGGGAUCCUCCAAUAAAUUGAGAAAGACCAUUAUGGACAAUGCUAGUGAGCAUUGAUUUCAACACAACGAACUCAAUCAAGCAUAGAUGAUUUGUUAUUUAUAUACACUAGUUUGUGGUAUCUAGUUUUGCAAUCUAUGUUAUUUAAUACUAUUUAAGACAAUUUAAUUGCACUUCAGGUUAUUUGAUAUUAGCUUUCAAUUUCCCCCCAAAAAUAUUCCCGCACAAGUGAUAUAAUUUAAUUUAGCUUUCCCAUGAAAAUGCCAAAAGGGUGAUCUGAUCAUAUGAAGGCAGUUAGAUUGAA